AUGCCUCACGCGGAAUUGCCUCAUCGGCCUGUCCAGCAAGCCCAAACACAGAGUAUCCCCAUCAGGACGAAGCCGGUUGAGGAGCGGAGACACAAGCAUUCAAGAUCAUCAUACUCAGAGGCAGGCUCUUUCUUGAAUUCGCGGAACAACUCCCUUACUUUCACCCGUCCCGCCAAGCGCUCCAUGCCGUCUCCUAACAAAACCAUUGCCAUCAUCAACGCUGGCGGUCGGCAGGCCUCCUCUCUCAUCAGAUAUGUCACCGCCGUGGGAUACCAUGUGAGGGCCCAGAUGAGGAAUCUCGAAGGCGUCAUCGCGACUGAGAUUAGGCAAAAUCCUCACGUCACUCUGCUGGUGGGCGAGCUCUACACGAGACAAGGUGCUACUUCUGAAAAGGCAGACGUGACCCAGAGUGGACCCAUGUAUGGGAUAGGAGUGAAUCACCAGCUGAUCUCGGAGCUUUUCCGAGGGGCACAGCUCGCCUUCAUCAACACGACAUUCUACGGUGACGAGAUCAAGAUUGGUGAGGCUCUGGCGGAUGCAGCUAAUAGGGCCGGCAUUCAGCACUAUGUCUACUCUUCGAUGCCUGACCAUCAUACCUACAACGAGGACUGGCCAAGCUUACCACUAUGGGCACCCAAGCAAAAAGUAGAGGAGUAUGUGAAGCAGAUCGGGCUGCCAGCCACCUUCGUCUACACCGGAAUUUACAACAACAACUUCACCGGCCUUCCGUAUCCUCUCUUUUGCAUGGAGCUGCGACCUGACGGCUCUUUCGUGUGGCAAGCACCUUUCCAUCCUGACGCCAAGCUCCCCUGGCUGGACGCAGAGCAUGAUGUCGGCCCGGCGAUCCUCCAGAUAUUCAAGGAUGGUGUGGAAAAGUGGGGCGACAAGCGUAUAGCGCUGGCAUAUGAGCUCCUAUCCCCUCGCGAGGCAUGCGAGCAGUUCGAGAAAGGCGUGGGCCGACCGGUCCAAUACGUCAGGGGUAAGAUCGAUGUCAAGGUGAAGAUCCCCGAAGGGUACCGGAUACAACUCGAGGCCCUCGAGAAACUGUUCGGUCUGGGCGGUGAUGACCCCGCAGAGCAACCCCCGUACUUCGGCGACAGUGCGCUCGAGGCGACCUGUCUUCAUGACUCCCUCCAGCUGUGGGAAGGCCCUCGAGGCCUGGAAGAAUACGCACGUGAAAUCUUCCCCUUGGAGGAGCAUGCCAAUGGACUGACAUGGAUGGAGGACGACAUCGAGGGAGGGGAGGAAGACCAGAACGAGGAGGAGUACGAGACCGUUGGAUCGCCCGGCAGAGGGCAGCCUGGAGACGACGAGGACAGCGAGUCUGAAGAUGAGGUACUGGAGAUGAAGAGACCUGCGAGAGGCGACCAGGAGUGGCUCGCCUAG